AUGUCCCAAAGGAAGUUGUUGCAAGAGGUGGACAAAGUACUAAAAAAGGUCAAGGAAGGUUUGGCAGAGUUUGAUAUUAUUUAUGAUAAGUUUCAAGUCACGGAAAGUGACAAUCAAUCUUAUAGAGAGAAACUUGAGUCAGAUUUGAAAAGAGAAAUUAAAAAGUUACAGAAGCACAGAGAACAGAUAAAAUCGUGGUUAAGUAAAGAUGAUGUUAAAGAAAGGAAUUCAUUACUCAUGGAGAAUCGACGUUUAAUUGAGAACGGAAUGGAGAGGUUUAAGUCUGUGGAAAAGAUAAUGAAGACGAAAAAGUUUUCUACAGAGGCUCUAAGUAAUCCUGAUCUUAUUAAAGAUCCGCGUGAACUUAAAAAACGGGACCAGUUUGUGUUUGUUGAAGAUUGUUUGGAAGAGUUGCAGAAACAGUUAGAGUCCUAUGAGGCGCAAGAACUUGCUGAUAAGGUUGAGAGGCACCAGUUCCACAUUACAAAUCUGGAGAAUAUUUUGAAGAUGCUUCAAAACGAUGAAUUGGAGCCAGAUGUUGUUGAAGAGUACCAGGAAGAUAUCAGAUAUUAUGUUGAUAAUAAUGAUGAUCCAGAUUUUAUUGAAUACGAGACAAUUUAUGAGGACAUGGGAUGCGAAACUCAACUGGAAGAUACCAAGGAACAACCAACCCCUGUAAAGCAGAAGGUAAAGUUAGAGCGAUCACCAAAAAAGAAAAAUUUGUCUCCAGCUCCUCCAAAUAUAGUUAACAAGGCGAGAUCUUCUGUUUCCACCGCAGGUAGCGUCACUAUAUCGAGUGCUCCAGCAUCGCAACCUUCUUCUGGAAGUCCGGUGUCUGCAGGAACUAAACAAGUAAAAAAAGACACCGUUCCUCAGAUACCAGAUUAUUUACCGCCACCAAAAGAUUUGAGUAAGGAAAUUGAGGAAAACAUAGAGCAUGAUCUAAAUGUUAAAGCAGCAUUCGCAAAUCCGCUAUUCAAAGAAGAAUUGGGAUACUGGUUGCAAGCCAAACGUCCACUGAUUCAACCUUAUGAGAACAUGCCUGAAAAAAUGAUGAAGCAGCUCGAAUCCUCGUUACUGAAUUGUCCGGAUUCUUUAGACGCAGAUACCCCCUACCUUUAUCAGCAUCCUCUCUCCUUACCACACCCCACUUCAAUAUUUUUCCCAAAUGAGCCAAUCAGAUUUGUUGCUAGUGGGUUGAAUAGUAAUGGCAGAGUUACAAAAGGCAUAUACGGUAAAACAUCUAUGGCACAAAUAAUGACCAAGUUUGAUCUUGAUACCUUAUUUUUUAUAUUUUAUCAUUAUCAGGGAACUUAUGAUCAAUAUUUAGCUUCUAGAGAGUUGACCAUUCGAGGAUGGAUAUAUAAUAGGGUCAACCGCUGUUGGUUCUAUAAAGAAGUUGAAAAAUUACCACCUGGAAUGGAACAAACUGAGGAAGUAUCAUGGCGGUAUUUCGAUUUUCAAAAAAGUUGGUUAGCGAGACGUUGUGGUCCAGAUUUCGUUUUUCGCCAAGAGGAGUUUGAACAACUAUAG